CUGCUCACCACCAGAGUUUCUGGACUUGUUCAUACGACGGUAACACGGACGAACCUUGAUUUCGCAGAAACUGAUAUGAAAAUUCAAGAAAAAAAAUCUCUAUAAUGGCCGACACAAGCAGCAUUAUGACGAAGAUACACCAAGUUGAAGGAAUACUAAAAGACUCAUGGCACCGUGUUGACAUAAUUCAGAGAAAACUGAAUACCAAACUAAUGACUAUCGAAGAUCGAGAGCGAUUGGAAAUCGAACUCCAAGACGUACAAGAUGUUCUAAAAAAGAACGAAGACACUCUAAAAUCUUUACGUCGACAGAACAGCAAAUCUUGUAUGGUAGCGGCAAGUUUAGUAUUUGUAUGCUUUCUUCUUUUUGGAAUUUACUCUGUUUUUUUUGGAAAAGUCUAGAAGAGUAUAUUAUUCUCAGUCUACAAACUUUCCGUAUUCUUCUGAACCUGCCGUAUUUAAAUUGAAAUUCCACAACGAUUUAGGUACUUAUAUAUCGAGUGUAAAGUUCGACCGAUAGAUUUGAUAAAAUAUGUAAAGAUGGCUGUUGAGUAAUUUACAGGUUAACUAUAUUUCUAUUAUCUGUUAAGUAACGGCUUAAUAAUAGGUUUAAGGCUACCUUACUGACCAAUUAAAAAAAUUAUGUCAUAACUGCCGCUGAAGGCGACUUCAAGCACAUCCAUAGUCGCGUAAGUAGUAUGCUGCUACUGAAAGAAGAUACGUUUGAAGUUGCCUUUAGCCUAUGUUAAUGAAAGGUAUUAUAUUAAUAAGACUCAAUGCUUUCAUAAUGAUUUAUUAUGAUAAACACAGGUAUUUCGGGUUCCAAUUGUGUAUAAAAACUACGAAUUUUUUCCGACCUUUCGUCAACAUUGCAGUUCACUUUUUCAGGGCUAACCGGAAACUGAAGUAUCAGGUACUGUUAUUCACAUGUAUGCUCUCUACGAUGUCUGCGAUUCGCCAGAGCGCCCCACCGUAUAGAAUGGUCAAACCUGAUUGACCAAGCAAGUCUUUUAAAAAAAUCCGGGAGGACGAAAAGCUAAAUACGGAUUAGUAUUAUAUCCAUUCUCCCUUUUGAUGUUAUUAGUGUGUUUUGAGAUUUCGAUUGCUUCUGUUUCCUUGAAAAAAAUUUUUGUGUUUUUGCGACGAAGUAUGUUUAAUUUUAUGUCCUGUUUGGAUGUGAUGUUCAGCUUUUUUUAUAUGUUGGCUCACCGCCUUUUCGGUUUCUCCAAUAUAGACUUUGCCACCAGAACAGGGGAUUUUAUAUACUCCCUGAUCACUGAGAGGUGCAUUUUUGUCUUAAGUGUUGUUUAGAAUUAUUCCUAUUUUCGCAGGUGGUUUAAAUAUAGUUUGGAUGUUGUGUUUACUGAGAAUUCUUCCUAAUUGUUCUGCAACACCUUGGAUGCAGGGUAGGAUGCUGGUCGUUUUUCUCUCUUUAUUAGGUUGUGUUGCCUUGUUUUUUGAGUGUAUUUUCUAUUGGAUGGAGACAGCUCUGUAUACAAGGGAGUUGAAGACAGAUUGUUUUUUCAGAGGGGUGGUGAUGGGAGAAGGCAUACAGGUAUGUGUUUGUAUGGGUGGAUUUUCUAUAAAAGCCAUGUCUUAAUGUAUUAUCAAAUCUUUUGUAAACUAGUACGUCCAAAAAGACAAUUUUCCGUUUUGUUCAAUUUCCAUGGUUCUUGUGACAGUCUAUAUUGGAGAAACAUGAAGGGCGGUGAGUCAACGUAUAAAGGAACCUGAGAGUAAAGUCAGACUAAAACAUUUUACACAAUUAGCAUUAGCUGAACAUCACAUCGAAACAGGACAUAAAAUUCUAUUUGACAAAAGAACCGUCAUCGCAAAAGCGCACAAUAUUUUUCCAAGAAAACAUACGAGAAGCAAUAGAAAUCUUACCCGGCCGGAAAUCUAAAAGAUUUCUAGAUAAGAUUGUCUAGGAGCACGUCGUCUAGAAUUGACUCCUUUCUAGAUGAUACUAGACGAAUGCUAGACUCAAAAGGGUCGCACGUAAAACUUACUAGACCCCGCUAGAUGAACCCUAGACAAGGCGACCGCCUUAAACUUGCCCUAGACGUUCUGAGUCUAGAAAAUAUAUAAAAACUAUAUAUAUUUCCGUCAGGGUAGGGACAAUGAAUAUAAUAUCAAUCCGAUUUGGCUUUCCGUUUUCCCGGAUUAUUACAAAAAGACUCGAUAGGCCAAUCAGGUUAGAUCAGUUGACACGGUUAGGCGCUGUGGCCAAUCACAUGCAUCGUAGAGAGUCUACAUGGGAAGAACACAACCUGAUACCUCAGUUUCAGGUUAGCCCUGAAGAUCUGAACUGCAAUAUUCAUUUAACGGCGGAAAAAUCACAGUAAAUUUAACAUUCGAAUUGCAAUAUUUUAAAUGUUCAUCUUAUUGUUUUUUAAAAGUUUUUGUUGCAUCAUGCGCAAAUGAUACUAUACGGAUACGAUAAGGGUACGCUGUUGCGUAUUCUCUUCGUUCAUUCCGUCCACCGGGGAUCUCCAGAGUCUCCAGAAAUGAGUGACUAUUGAAUGAUAUAUGAGGAUGAAAAUUAAAAUAUUAAUGUGUAUAAAAGUAAUAUUUGUAUCUUCCAUGAAUUAUCACAAUCUUAGGAAUAACAUAUGCUUAUUUAUUCUACAUAUCAGACUAAAAAAUUUUACGCAAUUCGGAUUAGCUGAACAUCACAUCGAAACAGGACAUAAAAUUCUAUUUGACAAAAGAGCGGUCAUCGCAAAAACACAAUAUUUUUCUAAGAAAACGUACGAGAAGCAGUAGAAAUCUUAAAACAUCAAUACCCUGCCGGAAAUCUGGAAGAUUUCUAGAUAAGAUUGUCUACGAGCACAUCAUCUAGAAUUGACCCUUUUCAAGAAGAUACUAGACGAAUGCUAGACUCAAAAGGGAUGCACGUAAAACUUACUAGACGCCGCUAGAUGAACCCUAGACAAGGCGACCGUCCUAAACUUGUCCUAGACGUUCUGAUUCUAGAAAGUAUAUAGAAAUCAUAUUCAUUUCCGUCAGGGUAGGGACAAUGAAUAUAGUAUCAAUCCGAUUUGGCUUUCCGUUCUCCCGGAUUAUUACAAAAAGACUUGAUUGGUCAAUCAGGUUAGAUCAGUCGACACGGUUAGGCGCUCUGGCCAAUCACAGGCAUCGUAGAGAGUAUACAUGAGAAGAACACAACCUGAUAAUUAGUAAAUUUAAAAUAAAAUAAAUAA